CUUACAGAUAAAAUAAUUAGUAGUCAUUGUGAGAUAAUGUUGAUCAAAGCAAUAUUUUUGGUGGCCACUGCGUUAUCAUGCACAGAAAGUUACAAAAUCUUGGGAAUUUUUCCCAUGCCUGGGAUAAGCCAUUACAUUUUAGCUUCAAAAUUGAUGAAGGGACUGAGUGAAGCUGGACACGAUAUCACUAUGGUGAGCCCUUAUGCUUUGAAGGACUUGCCAAAAAAUGGAACUUUCACUGAUGUGGUACUUGAUGGAAUGGCUGAUGAUUAUUUUCAAAUUACACUCAAACACGUGAAUCGAUUCGAGGGCGAUAGUAAAGGCCACAUAGCAAGUUUAAAUAUGAUCCUAAAUAGAUUCAUAAAAAUUGCCAACGACACUCUGCACCAUCCAAAGAUGAAGCAACUAGUCGACUCUGAUCAAAAAUUUGAUGCUGUGGUAAUGGAACAGUUUUUCAAUGAUGCGCAUAAAGUUUACGCGCAUAUAUUUGAUUGUCCUCUAAUACUCUUAAGUAGUAUUGGGCCAAACAGCAUGGUGAAUCCUACAGUAGGCAAUCCACAACCGGUUUCGUACGUACCUCACCUUAUCGCAGGAGAUAUUUCCAAAAAUUUAUCGUUAUACAACAGAGCAAAAAAUUUGUAUUUAUACAUAGAAGAAUUCUUAUUUAUACGGGUAUUCACACAUCCAAAACAUGAUCAGAUAAUCCAUGAUAUCUACCCAAAUUCACCUGCCUUAUCUCAACUCUACAAGAACGUAUCCCUUCUUUUGCUAAAUUCGCACAUAAGCUUGAAUGGCCCGCAGCCUAUGGUACCAAACAUGGUGGAAAUUGGAGGGUACUUUAUUGACCCACCCCAAAAACUACCCCAGGAUUUACAAGAGUAUAUGGACAAUGCUCCAGAGGGGGUAAUAUACUUCAGUAUGGGUUCCAACUUGGAAAGCAAAGAUUUACCUGAGACAAAAAAACGUGCCAUACUGAACGUACUUGGAAAGCUCAAUCAGAAAGUUAUUUGGAAGUUUGAAGAGGAUUUACCUGGGAAACCUUCGAACGUUUUGAUCAGAAAAUGGUGUCCACAACAAGAUAUUUUAGCUCAUCCAAACAUCAAGCUCUUUAUCACUCAUGGAGGCCUUCUAAGUACCACCGAAGCAAUUUACCACGGAGUACCAGUUCUUGCCAUUCCAGUGUUCGCUGAUCAGCCAAUGAAUGCAGCACGGGCUGCAGCAGAUGGUUACGGACUGAAAUUAUCAUACCACGAUCCAGAUUUCAAUGAAGAAACCUUAACUUCAUUGAUCAAUGAGCUUUUAACGAAUUCAAAAUACGCGGAAACUGCAAAAAGAAAAGCGAGUUUGUACCAUGACAGAACCAUGAAACCUAUGGAAACUGCAGUGUAUUGGGUUGAAUAUGUGAUAAGACAUAAGGGGGCGACGCAUUUGCGUGUAGCUGGAUUAAAUUUGCCUUGGUAUAAGUAUUUUUUGGUUGAUAUUGUAGGGAGUUUUGUAGCUAGUUUUCUGUUAGUGUUGUACAUUGUAAAACGAAUAAUUAAAACAGUGUUUUGUAAAACUAAAAUAGUUGGAAGAAUGAACAAAGAAAAGAAGAAUUAAUAGUUAUUUAUAUACCAAGUGAGUUAGGUACAUUAAUAAACAUUUCA